AUGUCUGGAAAGAGUACUGAAAGAAGUACGACUUUCACUGAAGACCAGAAGAUGACAAUUUGGCCUGAAAUGCUGAGACUUCAUGGAAGAGAACACCCUGGAACGAGCUUGGUAUCCGCCCCUUCAGAUGGAAGUAAUUUCUUGGCAUGGAGCAGGUCCAUCAAGUUGGCAUUAGGCGCCAAACAAAAACUCAGUUUUAUUGAUGGGAGUUAUGGAAAACCCGCAGAAAACAAGGAUGAAAUGGAACAGUGGGAACGUGUGGAUUGUAUGGUUGUUUCUUGGCUGUUGAACUCAAUAAUCAAAGAAAUUGCAGAAGCCUUCAUCUACACGACCUCUACACAAGAUCUAUGGGAACAGCUAGAAACCAGGUUUGGGGAGAGCAAUGGCCCUCUGCUGUAUGAUACUCAAAAGAGGAUAACUUCUCUUUCUCAAGGUGACAUAACCAUAUCCACUUAUUUACUAAGCUUAAGAAGUUAUAGGAAUGUUUUAGCCCAUUUAAACCCACUGCCAAGAUGCUCCUGCGGAUCAAGCAAGGCGAUGGCUGAUAUCAAUUCAUCAAGCCAACUUAUACAGUUGUUGAUGGGUCUGGAAGAUAGCUGUGAUCACACAAGGAGCCAGAUUUUGCUGAUGGAGCCUUUACCUACUAUAGGUAAGGCUUAUUCCAUGUUACCGCGCAUUGAAAAACAACGUGACAUUCACAUAGGGACAACACAAGAUGGAGCUAUGACUGUGAAAUUCUUGAAUCCAAGAAAGGAACAGACGAAUGAAAUGGCAGCAAGAAAAAGGUUUCUGACAGACAAGAAAUCACAAUAUUGUGAUUACUAUAAAAGAAAUGGACACACAAGGUAG